AUGUACUUUGACUUGCAAGGCUUGCUGGACAAAACUGUGCUGAACAUCGAAAAUCACAUGAAGACAUACCCAGCUCUGUCAUUGGUUGUACUGGACUUUCCUUCGGCUCCACAAUGUCUCACCGAAUUGGCAUUGACCACCAUUACAUCCAAUCAGGAAGAAUGCUUCAAGGAGCCUGUUAUGAGUCAUGCCGCUCUGGAACUGUUACUACUGAACAAACAAGAAAUUUGCAUGGCAGAAGUCACCGCAUUCAAUCUCAUUCAUCUCUGGGCUGCUGUGAAAGACAAUCAACAGCUUGCAAAGGAAUUGGUUGCACAACAUGUCAAUCUAAUGCAGAUUCGUCCCACCGAUUUGGAAGGCUAUGUGGCCGCAUCUGGACUUGUGACGGAGAAACAGCUUCUUGAUACUCUCAAAGCGCAAGCUGUGUUGGCACAAAAGCAAGUUGGGUUUCCCUUCCAACAGCAGCCGAUAUGGAAAAACUCAAGAUCCAGUUGCUUGAGCUACACGUCAGAAGUAUGGACACAUGAACAUGAGCCAUGGACAAAUGAUUUUCUUGGCUGUCAACCCAUGUUCACCGGGGAGCAUCAGUGGUCAGUUGUGCUGAAGACACUUCUAGAUGAUGAAGACAUAAUCUUUGGUGUGAUCGGCUCAGAGAAGGCGGGCGAGGUAUUGAGUCAAACAAAGUAUAUCUGGAAAGAUGUUGGGGGAUGGAGCUACCGUGGUGAUGGGAUUGCGACAAUCAAUGGAGAUGCUUUCUCUAUGGAACAUCCUUUCUUCACACAAGGUGACACUGUCACCUUUACGUUGGAUCUGAACCCUGGCGGUGAAGAAAAUGGGAGCUUAUCCAUUGCUGUGAAUGGUGGUCCAGCUUUCAAAGGAAUCACCAACUUGUGCGAUCACAUUGGCCCGGGCGGCUUUCUUCCUGCCGCAUCUCUUCUAGGCUUCGGCGACUGUGUUGAAGUCACGGAGAUCAAGGAAGUGUGGGCGUAA